GGAUCGCUGGGCUUAAAAGGGAACGGCUUUUGUUGUAUUUGAUUGUGUCAAUACUUCAGUGGAAGGGCACAGAUGUUUGUAGAUCAGCUGAACCAGGUGGACAAACGCGCAAAGUAUCGUGGGUAAGAAAAACUACAAAGGCUUCAUCCACCACAGAGGUUCGUGCCCAGCAAAAUUUUUAGAUUUUCCUCGCGUCACGUAGACCCACAGACAAGCUCUUCUUCGGCCGUGAUGAAAUCGUGGUAGGAUGCCUUGAGCAAGAUGCUACUGUAACGUAUUUUUAUCGACCAUGGUUAAGUUGAACGGGGUAAAAGAUCAAAGGAUUGCCGAUUCUAAUUCGGCGCCAACUUCGAGCAGUGGUGCUGCUUUGAUAUGUUUUAUUUGCGGCGCUUCAAAUGCCAACUGGCCUGUCUACUGCAGAACUCGAAAUUCGGAGAAAAUGCCGUUUUUCCCGUUCUUGGAAUACCAUGAACCAGCCGAGGGCGCUCGGCCAAUGGACAGAGAAAAUGGACGUGUAGAUUCUUGUACAGUGUGUUUUUCAUUUUUGACCCAACAAUGGCACGCUUUCGAAGCUAACGAAACGCCUGUAAUUAAGCGGAUGUACUGGCUUAAGAGGUCGGGACCUGACACAAGCAGUGAAAGAGCUCAAAGCCCUGUAUUUAGCAGUCAAAUGAGAGGAGAAGUAUCCGGGAAUAAUAUAAACACAAACGGGGCUGAAGAGAUGGCUGAAGAAAUGGCUACUCAAUGCGAUGAGCCCACAGACAACACCAGUGCUUCAGCUACGCCUGCAAUUGAGAGCGUUAGUCCGAUCUCUGAGGAUUCAACUCUGCCUUUGGGAGAAAAUGCUGCGCUCGCUAAUAUGUCUGGCUCCCGACUUUCGUGUGGUUUAGAGACGUGUUACAUCUGCAGUAGAAGAAAACCUAAAGAAUUUAUGAGAAGCGUUCACACAAGACCUCAGCUAAAGACAGAGACCCCGUUUUAUCCUUGCCUCGCCAAGCAUGCACCUCCCUCAAUGGCAAAACAAAUGGACUACUUAGGAAAAGUGCUCGUUUGUGAGGCUUGCCAAAAAUUCUUAUUCCGACAGUGGCAGGUCUUCCAGAAAAAUUCAACUCCACUUAGUGAGAGACAGUACCAAUUGAGAUCUGACCCCUCCCUCCCCAGGGAACAGCAAUCCCAAUUAUCAACUAUGGUGUGUUUUAUUUGUGGAGUGACACAACCUGCAACAUCAGGUAGAUUUCUCUAUUCGCGAAAGCACGCUCCUGGGCAUCCUUACUAUCCAUUCUUAAACAACCUGGUUACGCCCGAGGGUGCAAUGCCGCUUACAAAACAAGGGCUUACUAGGGCUUGUAGUGGAUGCCGUAAGUCACUCAUUAGGCAGUGGAAGCAAUUUGAAGCUAUUGGGGUUGAAGAAGAAAAGAGGGAAUACAGGAUUCGCAAUGAUGUGAUGGUCCCAUCAAAAGAGUCAUCUAGGAUAUCAGUAAAUUUAGCUUGUUAUACAUGUGGCCAGUACUGCUCUGAGACUGAUUUACAGCCGGCUCACUCGAAACCAAACACCAAUCCCUUAAAAGAAAGUUUUUAUUUUCCUUUCUUAGCUUCGCUUAAACCCCCAAAAGACUGCCGACCUUUAGAUGCAGAAGGACGGACAUUUAUCUGCAAGAAAUGUAGCAAGCAUCUAACUAUGGAAUGGGAAGAAUUUGAAAGACAAAAUGUGCCUCAAGAAAAACGUUCUUAUUUGUUCAAAUUUAGACCUGUGUCGACAUCAGAUGUGGACAUUUCUUCAGUUUGUUUCCUUUGUGGUGUUGCGGUAAGUGCAUCUGUUACCUUCAAACUUUUUUCAUACCCUCACAGUGGAAAAGGCAUUCACGACGGUGGGCCCUUCUUCCCUUUUCUGUCGUCUCGAGAACCAGCGCAUAAUGCUCAGCCUAUAGAUGGCGAAGGCACGGCAUUGACUUGUGAAAUAUGUUAUAACAACUUGAUGGUGCAGUGGAAUGUGUAUGAAAAUUCAGACAUCCCAGAGGAAUCAAACAGGUGGUUACGAAAGUAUAUGGUAGCAUCUGUUACUUGUUAUCUUUGCGGUCAGCAAAAUUCAAGGGCUUCUGCUGGAGCUGUGAAUAAACAACUCAUAACUUUUCCUUUACAUCACCAACCACCAAAAACUGGAAUUGUGCUAAAAAAUGGCAGAGAUGUUGUUUUGUGUGGCAAUUGCCAAAGAGAAGUGAGAAGAGAUCUGGAAGCCAUGGAUGAUUUCAAUGAUGCAAUGGGCAUGCAGAAUAGGGAACAGAACCGUCAUGGAAGAAAUGAGGUUUGUCCUAGUGAUUAAAAUUUUUUUUUUGUUAGUUAUAAUGUGUUGAAGCAGUAUUUUAUUCUUAAAAAUGAUUUGUGCUGUCUCAAGUUUGCUGUGCCUGAUGAAUAACAACCAACUUCUGGUACUAAUAUGGCUGGCUUGCAAUGCACUUAAAAAUAGCUCACAAGAAUUUGCAAGCAAGCUGUAGGUUGUUUUCUUUGCAUCUGCUUAUGUGGUAGGUUUACCAUAACCCAUAACCCGAUCACAGGCCUUAAAAAGAAAUUACAAGAGUAUUUCAAAUAUUUCUCUUAAUAGAAAAUAACUGCACCAAAGAAUUUUUCGUUUUAUGUACGAAAUGUGGUAAUUACAGGUAUUGUAGGUAAGUACAAUGAUAAAUGAAAAGGCCAGCUUGGUUAAAUGGCUCUUUUACUCCUUACAGUGGCCUGAGAGAAAAAUUUAUUUAUUUAUUUAUCACAAUUUAAUGGCUACUUACAAAAAUACAAUAAAAGACAAAAGAAAAAUGCCAUAAUGAUAAUCUGUAAAAGCAUCAAAGACCCCAUACUCAGACAGACCACCUAGCUAUUAAAAAAGUUUGAAACAACGAAAUAUCUCAGUUAAAAAAUAAUCUAAAUCUAAAUAUUAUACAUAAUAAAUAUACAAAGAUAGAAAACGAUAUACUGAAAUAUAUUAUGUAGGCUUAUCCAGUUAGUGUUGGUUAAGAAAUUUGUCAUACCGCGCUUAAAACUUGAGAUACCAGAAGCUGAUCUAAUGUGAAAUGGAAGCGAAUUCCACAUGUUUACAAUACGAUUAAAAGAACUGAACUUAAACAGGUUUGUUGGAGCAUGGUUCUUCUUUAAAGUAAGGCUGUAUUUUUCUCUUAGAGGGUAACUUGCAGUAUCAGAGUAGAAUUGGGCAUAAUUAUGCAGACAUGUCUAAAAUCAAAAUUUUCUUAGUAAAAGUUUAAGAAAUAAAUAGUGCUCUGCGACAAUCUGUCAAUGUUUUAUUAUUUUUAAUGCUAACAUUUUGGAUUUUGUCCAGGGAUUUAAAAGUUAGCAUGAGAAAUAUUGUCAUGCUUACAUGGUCUAAUAGUGAAGGGGGAAAUUUUUCAGGAAUUUCCCUCCAGAAAUCUGCCAGGGACUUGUGCUUGUAGAGCAGUUAUGGAAAAUUUCAUCGGAGCUUUUUCUGUGUAAUACUCACAUAUUAGGUAUAUUAUAGAAAGUCGUUUUGCAUUUAUUAUUGGCCCCAGUCCAUGUUACAUCAUUGUAAAUGUCCCUAAACUGAUUAAGCUCCAUCAGGUCAUCUAAAACUUUGGCCCUGUCUUUCUGACCAAUAGAGGUUGUGGUUUCUUUGUGACAUUGUCAUAUUGUAAAUUUAAAAUAUUACAGAGCAUUCCAAGGUUUAAUUUCAUCACCUGUAAGACCUUCCAAGCAUCUGUCCAAGAAUGGUUUCAUCUUGAUAGGGUUCUUUAAUGUGAAAUAGAGUGUGAAAAUUUUUUCCACAUUUUCGUGUCACUUAGCAUUAAGAAAGUAGCCAAGAAAUGUGGUUAAGACUGAGAUGACAAAAUUUAUCCAAUGAGCUUUUGCUAUUUGAACAAUCUGUGAAUUUAAAGACGUUCGUUGUUGUUAUUUUUGUACUAGCUCUGAAGUGUUCUUCAUGCUACAACCUUUCCAGCCAGCCUGAACCUUUUUGAACACUAAUACAGCAUCUCCAUAUAAAGGGCAUUUGCAUAUUAAAAAUCUCUAGUCCUAACUUUCAUGUUGUAAUAUAUUGUAUUUACAUGAAGAAAAUAGAACAAAUAAGAAAAAUUCCUUGUCUCAGCUUACAUGUUAUACACAGUUUAUACAUUUUAAAUACUUGGAAAAUGUAUAUUUGAUGUUUUAAUACAUGAACUUGAAUUUCCCAUGCCAUUUCAUAUAAAUUAUUCCAGUGGCUUGGCUUGCAGGCAAGGCCCUUGGUCAGCAGUUUUAGGUUAUUUUUAUGCAUGUGUCAAGUGAACAUAUACUGUUGGCAGACUGUCCAACCUUUUGAGUAUGUAAAACCGGUAUAAUUUUUAAUCACUGAGGAAUCACGCAAGUGCCAAAGGAGCAAGCCGCUAUUUUGAAAUCUUGAUGCUCUGAAAUGCCAUUUGUAUUGUUCUGAGAGAUCAAUUUUUGUCUAAAAUAUUUGUUAAAUCGAUUGCUAUUUUUAUGCUUAUUUUUAAUUGCACGUUGUCAGGUGCAAGUAAUCAUAUUUUACAUAUUACGUGCUUUGCUUUUUUUUUACAUUUUCUGGAUGUCAGGUUCAGUUAAGAACACUCUGAACAUUAGGUGUUUGUAUAAGAAUUUGUUUGAAAAUACCAGAACUUAUGUCAAAGUCAGGUUUUUUUCUAUCCUAACGGCAUAGUGGUCUCAAUUUUCAAGCAAAAUCUGGAGAAUACCAAUGAAAUCGGAAUGGUUGGACAGUCUGUUGUCUGUUGGAUUGUUGGACAGUCUUUCAUGGCUUGCACCACCUUAUUUAAGCCUAGCCAUGUGAUUUGUUAUGCUUAACCCCGGCCGGACCAACAGUCAGGGUCUUUAAAUUACUGAGAAGAAAGUGCUGCCUUUGUAAUAUCGGCAAAUGUUUAGACUUUCUAGUCUUCUUGAAUAGGGACGAAAAACUGUAGGUCCCAUCUCACAGCACUUAUACUUAUAACCUACACCACUGCUCAAAAAGAGUAGGGGACGUAGACCCCGCUUAUGUGGUCAACCUUCACACAUCACAUCAUUCACAUCAUAGGUUGGGUGGGUACAGUAAGCUCAUAAAUGGACUGAGAGCGGCUGCCAGUGGCACCUUUGUUUGCUGACUUCCAAGCUCACUGUUCACAUGUUAAAAUGUUUUGUAAGAGGGUACGUCUGUUGUCCUCUGAUCCACCACUCUUCAUUCAUUUCAUUUCAUUGUGAUGGGUCCUUUAGAAGUGGAAGCAUGUGGGACUCAUGGCUGGUGUGCUAAUAAGGAAGAUCACAGGGGUGUUUUUUCACCUCAGGUUUUGGAUUACAGUUUUUAUCCCUGGACACCAGGACAUCAAUCUUCCACCUUUCACUUAGACUUAGAAGGCAAUGCUUGUGGCUAAGAGGCUGUCCAUAUGAUAAACAGUUGUCUAAGAAGUAAAGCCUUGAGCGCAACCGUGAAAUUUGAACAUGUUAAUAAAGCUUACAUGUAGUAGGCUCAUCAUAGCCUGUUUACAGGACUUACAUGUAAGAAGGAGAGUACAGGAAGAAGGGAAGCCUUGAGCGCAAGUUCUGUGAAAUUUUAAGGAAAAUUCCUCAUCCAAAUGUAUUGGGUUUGAUUUGAGAACUUUUGAGUUGAAUCGGCACCGUAAAUGUAAAUGAAAUGAUAUUACGUUGUAUUUAUAACCCUCUGAUUAAUUUUCCAAAUGCAGUUUAUCUACAGCCAUCACUUUCAUGCACUUUUGCUAAAUAACUGUCAGUUUCUUUCUUGGUGGUAGUAUUCAUUGAGCUUUUAGUUUUUGCUGCUGUUAGAUCUUAAUCAAAGGAACAAUUAAAUUGGAUGCAGGGAGUCUUCUAGUAAACUCCAUGUGAUUGGAUUACCCUUCAGUAUAUUUUGUCCAUAAGACAUGUUCCAAAAUAAUAGGUGCAUGUAGAUUAUAACAAGAAUAGUGGUCAAAGUUUUUUCAGAGGGUCAUUUCUGUCAUUUUUUUUUUUUGUCCAAUCAGAAGGAGCCACACUCUUAAAAAAAUGAAGUUUGCUAAAUGUCACUGCUGAAAUUAAUGCUUAAAUGCCCAAAGCUCAUGUAUGCCUAUUUGCUCAUCAGGAAAAACAAGCUAGAAGCUAGCUUAAACAGGUGUGGAUCCAGGAAUUUUUUUUAUUGAAGUGGGGGGGGGGUCCUAACUUUGGUUCAGGAAGGACUGUUGACCUUUUUUGUUACAAAUUACUUCUCCCCCACACCUUCCACACCCCCUCCCAUGAGUCACAGUUGCACAUUAUUGCUUGGCCCCUUGCUGUGUAUUUGAAUUCUACUCGUAAAGGAUGCGCCCUUGGAACAUCCUCCUCUUGUGAUUGUACAGAUUUCAUCAAUGUCAAGGUCAUGAUGUAAGUGCAUGAGUGCAAGUUCUGACAACCGUUCAUCAGAGAUAUGACUUGAUUCGUCACAAGCCAGAGAAGGCCAAAAACAAUAAUAUUACAUUUUUUAAUAUCCCUGGAACUAAGCUUAGUGGCAAAAUGCAACGUGCCAUUUCAUUUAAAAACUCAGCCUGUAAAAAAAUGUUAAGAUGUAAGAAUUUCGGUGUCAAACAAGCAUCAGGUCAGAUAGGGGGUUCCAGACCCCCGGACCCUCCCCCUGGAUCUGCCACUGUUAAAGCAUACUAUGAUAAAAAAAUCCCUUGUUUGCAAAAUAUCAUCAUGCUGAAUUUUAACCCUAUAUUUUUUGUAGCAAAGCUUUUAUUUGAAUGGUCAUUCAGUAGGAAGUCAUCCCAAUACCCUGAAUACUUGUGGGAAUAAAUAUUUAGAGUUAAUAAUUUAAGUACCUAUGUAGAAUCAAUGUGAUAGUUAAUAGUCGUAAUAUUUAUCAUUAAAGUAGGGUGAGAAAAAAUUUGAUAAUUUCUAAGCAGUUGCUGAAGUUUACCAGCCCGCAGCAGUUGCACAGUCCUACCAACACCCUUUUUUACAGACUUAUUUUUUUACUUUAUCAUGGCAAAAUAAUGUCGCUAGCCCUUUGGACAACUCAUAUUAAAAUGUACUAGCCUAAAGGGUCUUGUCACUAGCCCCAGGCUAAUGGAUGACAUUUUUGUUGCAUCCUGUAACAAGAUGACUGUAAAUAUCACUAGUUUCCUAAUUAUUAGCAAAUUGUCUACAGUUUGUUCAAGUGUAAAAAAAAACUUCCUGCCAAAAAUGAAUGGUGAAUUAAGAUCAAAGUUUCAUUAAUUUUGAAAAUAAUACAGUGAAACUAUCAGUUAACAAAGCUAAAAAUCAGUAAUUGUAAAGAACUAAAAGACUCCAUUUAUUUCACCUUGAUUUGGUGAGAAGUGGUCCAGCUAAAUGUUCCAUUGUAUCAUUGAUUUUCUUCAAGUGAAGAGAGGGUGAGUGGUCACAAGUUUUCAUGAAAAAUUAUUAUAAUAGAAAAAGAAAUUCCCCUUGACUCUUGACUAUUAAUGAUGAUAUUUUCCAAUAGCUAUUUAAAACAUGUCAUUUUUCCAUAAUUGAUUUUGGAAAAGGAGUGGUCUUUAUUUUUCAUUUAAAAUGUCCAAAAUAAUAUUAUUGUAGUUAUAUUUAGCUGUUACAAAUUAUUAAUAAUUUUAUUAGUGAAUUCCUGCCAGUUGUCAAUGGUAAUGUACUGUGAUCCCUGGUCACGGUUGUUCAAACCUUGGAUAGUACUAUCCACUGGAUAAAUCACUAACCAGCUGACAAGUAUUAGGCAGACCAAUAAUAUUAUUAUGCUAUCCAUUGGAAAGAGAUUUAUCCAGUGGACAGCAUUAUCCACCUUUCAUACAAUUGGCCUUGGCUUUUAAAGUCUGUUUUUGUUAUAUAAAAUAUAAUUUUUUCCAAUAUUACUUUUCAAAGUUAGUAUUCUUUGUAUUAUUGUCAAGGUUAAUAUUCAUGAUUGGUGAUUUAGAUACUUUGUAAGUUUUUUAUACUUUAGGCAGCAUAGAUUUUGCCCAGGACAGUAGCUUUGUAAUAGGAUAAAAGUAUUGAAGUACAUGUAUAAAUCGAUCUCUACCCUGAGAUGCUAAUUCCUUUAUGUACUGUAAGCUGUGAAACUGGUGCCUUGGAAGUCUAUUUUCAUGGUAGGAAUUUGAAUAUUGUUUUAGUUUUUCACUAGUGGUCUUAAAUUUCAUGUAAGCUUAGAAAGAAGUAGAUUUUGAAGAAAAAAUGCAAAGUACCUUCUUAAAAAUAUAAUGUGGAUUUUAAAUACAGGAUAUAGUCAUUAUUAUUUCUUCCUUAAUUUGUCUGUUGUAAGUUUAUUGGCAAAUAUUACUUCAUCUGUUUUCUGCAUUUUGUGUGUUUGUGCUUCUGAAAGAAUUGACUUUGUACAAUAUGUUUACUUUGCUUUCACCAUUUAUGAUUUAAUUAACAUCCCCUCUUGCCAUAAGGCAAUCUCAUGCCCAGUGUGUGUAAAAUUAAUGACACAGUGUGCUUUCUAAAAAUUUGCUUUGGGCCUCUUUCAUCUGCUAGUCACACAAAAAAUGUUUACAAUGCAUUCCUUGUUUGUCAAGAUAAAAAUGAUAAUAUGAAUCCUUAAAAAUAAUGGUUUCCUGAAUUGUGUCUUUUGGCAAGAGUAUGCACUGUAAGAUAUCAUGUUAGGAAGCCGUGAUGGUUCAGUGGUUUUUGCUUGACGUGGUUGCUGUAAUGUAUUCAACAUUUCUAGACCUCUCUGAGUUCACACAAAGAAAGUUGUUAAUGCGGUUGGUUAAUUGCAAUGAUUUGCAUAUGAAAAGGACAAUAGGGAGCAGGUGGCUUCAGAACUAAGAAACCAACACCUAAGUUUCUGAAAGUAGCUAGCUUUAUUUUAGCUUAGAUUUGGAAUUUCAAUGCUUGCUUGAUAUUAUUACUGUUUCUUGGUCAUUUUUUUGGCAAGAAAUAAGGAGUUUUUAGGGCAAUCUUUUGUGUUUGUUGAUUUAAGCAUACAAGAGCAUGGCUUUGCCUCUUUCUAGCUUGCUAAAUAAAGAAGUAGUAGACUAGAUGAAUAAUUGAUAAGAGGAAAAAAUAUUGAGCUUGUCAGAAUGAGAAGUGUUUUUUUGGUGAAGAAUAUCAGGAGAUCUUGAGGAAGGUAUAUUUUUUGUUGUGCACUGUUUGAUCUCUGAGCAUAAGAAUUAUCCCUCCACACUCAGUUUAACUGUUGUUAUUAUUAUUGGCAAGUCUCAAGGGAACAAUUUGAUAUACUGAAUAAGUUUUGUUUUCGUGGACAAAAGGGAAGCAAUGGGUACCUGAAAAAAAACCUGCUAAAAUGCUUUGCAUGACAUUAACUGAGAUUAUUGUCUCCACACUUUUUCAAUUCAUGUUUAAGCUACUGUUUGGAGAGGACAUAUGGCAGCGUAUGCUAAUCAAGCCGGUGAAAAUUACUGCCAUGAGUUAGUCUUUAAGCUUGCCUCAAGCCGUUAUUAUAUCAGAAUAUAUUAGUCUGUUGAAUAUCAUUAAGAGACUUGCUACAAGGAAUCCAAAUCUCUCAUGGCAAAGUGCUGAACUUUUAUUGCUGUUUUUGAUUGUAAUCAAGAUACAGAAGUUAGAGGUAAGGCCUGAUACUUGACAGAGGUUUUUUUUGGCAGAGAAAAACAAUCAAAGUAAGCUGUUGUUUUAGACUAACUGGGCACAUGUUAAAAACAAUUCAUCUAUGAAGUUUGGCCUUUCAAGACCCAAAUGGCUUCUUUUAAUAUGUUCUUGUGAUAAUUUGUCAAUUUCUGCCCUUCCAGUGUAGAAAAGCUUUAUCUGUUUCAUUUUGAAUAUUAAGUUAGUGCUUCGGUAGCACAUGUCUGAGGCUAUCUCCAAAAUGAGGUUCUGCUUUUGUUUGUUAAUGGUUCGUAUGAAGUGAAUUAGUUGAGAGAAAGCCGAUCAUUGUUGUUAAAAAUUUGUCAGUUUAAAAUUUAUCUUUUCUGUGUCAUUGUUCUCAAAACUGGGAAUUGGCCACAUUUAUGGCUUUCUAACUUCUUACAUGAAUCAGGAUCUAAAGUGGAAGUAGCCUUUUGCAAAAGCUUUCCCUAGUUAUCAUAAUUCUACAUCAGGCAUUGCACUCAAUUCCUAUUAACAAGCAUACAGAUAAUAUAUUAUAGAAGACUUCUGGAAAUUUACUCUUUGACUAAUUUAUCUUAAAGUGGAUUUGUGGCUGUGUGGGUCACACUUGACUUAUGUCCAAACCAUGUUUUGAAAAUUACAUUUUAUUACCAAGUAAUGCAUGUUUUAUUGAAGGAAAACAUAUUGUUGUAGAAUAGCAAGUGAUGCACAUUUUUGGUUAUUAAAUAGAGUAUUGUGUGUGGAAGUAAAUUGAAGUAGUUUAGUGGAGAUUCCAACAUCAUCUUAGCCCUGGUGUUCAGACAAAUGUUUGAUUUGUUGCUGGAGUUGAAGAAAGUAAUGACUUUCAAAAGCAUAAGCAGAUGACUGCUACCAUGAGAUUUCCUUUGUCUGGUUUGAAUUGUCAUACAUUUGCAUGUAUUUUCUAAUUUUCACAUGAGUUGUUUUAGAUACAUUGAGAUGGUCUUUCCUAGGAUUUCUCAUGCCAUUUCCAAAAAGUAGGAGUGAUAUUAAUUUGUUGUUGUUGUUGUUAAUGGUGUUCUGUAUCAUGAAACAGGCUUCAGUCAGGAGGUUAUUUUGGCCCUGGUUUCUUUAUGAAAGAAAAACUGCUGUCUCUUUUAUUUUAUCUUUUGAUUGUGGUUAUGUUUAGGAAUUUGUUUGAGACUUAAGAAGGCAUAAUCAUUGUACAACUUGCUGUAACAUUUUAUUCACUGGUUUAAAUCAAAGAUAGAUUCUCCUAUCUGUUUAUUACAUUUUUUUAUCUGCUGGUUCUGAGAGCUAUUAACCAUGAGGUGAUAUUGUUGUUUGUAUUUCAAUGUUUCUGUUGAAUUUUAGUUAUUUGAUUGCCACAUCAAAAAUAAGCUAAAUUCAAUUGAAACAGAGUCCAGUUCCAAAUUAUACAAUGUUCGUGACCUCUUUGUUGAAUAUCAAGCAUUUAUACUUCAUAAUUAUUGUGGUUAUUUUGUUUCUGUUUUCAUUUUCUUCCUUUUUGCAGUAGGAAGUAUUGAUUUAGGAUAUCCCGUAUCUGAAAGUAACAGUGAUUCUGUUACCUCUGCGUCCUGCAUUCCAGACACGUAAAAAUCCCCAAAGACGCAAAAUAAUUUGUGGCAUGCAUCUCAUAGGAUGCAAAGAUCAAUCGAUCAAUCUGAAGAUGUUUUUUGUACAGUUGUAGAAUAUCCUGUUUGUGUGAUUUCUGUGGCUGUUCUUGUGGCUACUCUUUAACAACAAAUAUUUUUUAGUCUCUGUUGUGCUUUACAAUAGAAUGAGUAUAAAAAUUGUUAUUUCAGUAAACUGUAAUACAGAGUUUUGCAGUCAGAGUUAACUGCCUGGUUACAUAAAGGCUCAAUUUAGGAUUCUUUGUUUCUUGAACUGGGACUCAUUGGUUCUGGAAUGAGAGCUCAUGAUUUUUCACAAGAUGAGUCCCAGGACUCACCAUAACUAUUUGUAACAAAAUCGCUGAAGCAGGUCCCAAGAGGGACCAACAUCAGUUUUAAUUUCCGCUAACAAUAUCAAUACAAAUGUACAUAAUUAAUAAAAUGGUUAUGAGAAUUAGGUAAAUGAUCACCUAAGUGAUAAUGCUUUGAUAUCUAAACAAAUCCUCUUAACUUUAGUUCUUCAAGGAAAUGCAUGGAGAUUAGUGUUGAGAAUUUUCAUGCAGGCUUAAAGGAGCAACAAAGAGAUUACAUAGAUUGUGGCCUGAAAAGCUUGCUUCGUUCUCUGAAUCGUUACUGAAUACUCAUUUACGGUACAGCAAAACCUCUGGCCGAAAUGUAUAGCUAUUAUCCAUUUACUGGAAGGACGUUUUUUUCUAAUGCCUCUGCCAGACAAUCUAACGGAUACAACUAACGCUCUAACACUCUGAUGUUAACGGCUAACAGAAACAGAACUUUGGCUAAUGUGUAAACUUUUCAUUCUAACACUAUGACGUUUAAAGCUAACAGUUAUGUUGACGCCACUGACGUUUUUGAGAAAACUUUCUAAUGGGCAACAAACGGAUGACCAAUGGUUUUCCCCUUUUAACGGAUGAGCAUUAAAGUACCUUUUCCCAUGUACAGUCACGGAUGUGUUUUGUCCACUCAUGAACGUUUCAAAAACUUGCAUCUCAAUAACUGGUUAUUUAGUAGUGGUGUCAACUAUUUAUUGUGCUUGUGGCAUGGAUUUGAUAAUUAGAGUAAGUGGUCACCUACAAGAGUAGGGGUGACUAUUGGGGAAAAUUUAUUUUAUUUGACUAUAUUUGCAAUAUUUGAUCACAAUAGGCCACAUGGAUAUUGCGAUAGGCAACAUUGUAAUAGUACUGUUUCGAUAGUUUUCGGAAUAUCUAUUUUUACUUACUGCCUUACUCUAACAAAUUACUAAGAAGUGGUGGUCAUACAAUACAGGUACUAAGGGGCUCAAGAAUCAAGACGCUAAAACUUUCUAGGUGCACUAGGGAGGUAGAUUGUUUUCAUUUUUUUUUUUACCGUUAUUGUGACCUUAUCAAAGAUGGUUUAAAAAAGGUGCUUUUAUUUUCCAAAGAAGUCAAAAUGUUAGAACUAUAGAAACUAUCGCAACUAUCAAUAGUUGGCUACACUGUCUUGAUUGUUAUCGAUGUUUCAUUUUUGCUAUCAAUCCAUUGCUAUCGCAGCGUUAAUAUCGCAAUUAAUCGAUUGGUUGAUGUAUCGUUACAGCCUUAUAUAAGAGGUGGUCGCGUGUGGAACUUCGAUUGUUAGUUGUUGUUAUUAGUAUAGUUCUUCAACUCUAUAGUGCUUUUGGCUUGCCUUAUUUCGAUAGUUAGAAUAAUAUUAAAAUUGGAGCUUUGACUGUUAGUUGUUGUUGUUAACAAACAUUGUUCAAGCAUUGGAUAUUGCGAUCCACCGCUUAAAUCAUGUAUCCAGCAGAUAAGUAUUAGGGAAACCAAUACUAUCUACUGGGUAGAGAUUUAUCCAGUGGAAAGAGUUAUCCACCCUUUGAACAACUGAGGCUUGUUGGCUUGCAUUAAUUUGAUGGCUAGAAUAGGUACAUAACGUAGUCACCUACAAGAGGUGGUUGUGCAUGGAACUUUGACUGUUAGUGGUUUUUAUUAACAUUGCUCAUUUUCCUUCUUGUCUCACACUUAGAAUCUCCUUGAUAGUGGAGUUAAAGCUACAAAAACAAAGUAUUCUUCCAAGUCGCGUGUGAUAGUGAUUGACUCUAGUGAGGAAAGCGAAGAAGGGGAUGGUAGCUCAUCUCAGCUCAGAAAUAAAAGAGUGGCAUUAAACCCCAGUCACCAAAGUUCCAAUGAGUCCCCGAUGCACUUUACAACAUCAGUGUCCCCUUCGUUUCAGCCUACUUUGCACAACAAAGAAUCAACUCCUGCACCAACUGACCCGUCCAUGUCAGCAGGACAAGCCAGUUUUGCAGCAGCUCUUAGAAAAUUAGCCAAGCAAGCAAAACCCAUUCCCUCAACAACGUCGUCACCCUCUCCAUCUGAGAAUAGUUCCCACUCUGUCUCACCCAGCAUCUCUGCAGUUAGCGUAAAGAGUUCAGGUGAGGGUUAUGCGCUUAUCAGUGGCCAUGGAGGGUGGAGAUCGACCCAGGGUUACCGCCGGACAUUUGCACAAGGAUGUUUACAAAUCCAUCUCACCCAAGAGCAAUAGCUCUCCCACUGGGGAGUUUGUUCAUUUAGAUAAAGCCUCAGUCCCAAAGUGCAGUGUUAGAUAAGAAGUAAAAAUUGAUUGGAAAACAAAGGUCGUGUAAAAACAAACUAAAAAGAGGCAAAUGGCCCAUUUUCUUUGGAUUGAUAGUAAGCAAUUUUGUACCUUCCUUGACCCCGUUCCAGAACCACCACCUUCUACAGGGACAUCUUGGAACGUGUUGGUCUAAAUUCUUUCUCCCAGUCCUUGUAGGGCCCAAAUGACCCUUUUUGCUUUUUUUAUUAUUACUUUUUCCAAAUCCAAUAAAACAAUAAUGACCUGUUCAUGCUUGUUUUUUAGGAAUGUCACCAUCCCAAACUUCACCAUCAGCAAAUCAGACUGAUCGUGAGAUGAAUGCUAAAGAAAGAGGAGAUCACCAGGUUCUUGGAGGUGUGGGCAUCCGUACACCUCCUUUGCCUAAUGUUCCUCCUCUUGAUCCAGAUCACAGAAAUCAUCGGUCAGGUGCGCUUUGAAAAACAUUUACUAGGCUAGACUCUUAAAACAAAUAAAAAAUCUUAUCCAGGUGCCAGGUAAAAUAAUUUAGGUCAAAGAUCUGUAAACAUUGGCAUUUGUAAUAAUGUCUCUGGCAGUCCCAUUAAAAUGAGCUGACAAAUGGCAGAAAGUUUAAGACGGAAUCCAUCAGGAACUUGAGUUAUUUCCAUGACAAUGUCGCAUUCUUUUUUACAUUUUUCAAGAGCCAUAGAUAUAAUUAGUUAUGUGUAAUAACACCAUUUGAAGGCUAUUUCCAAUGGAAACCCGAGAAAAUAAAUGUCAAAUCUCACAAGAAUUGUGAAAACACAGGUAAAAUUCAGAAAAUUUCAUGUGUAAGAUGUCAUUUUGUGAAAUUUGACAUUUAGUUUCAUAAGAAAUUUUCUUUGGUGUUAUUACAGAUGACUUUGUAAAAACAAAAGUGAGAUACUGUUUAAAUAAUUAUAAUUCUAGUACAAGGUUUUUGUCUAUUGGGAAUUAAAAUUACUCAAUUUCCUGAUGGAUUCCAUCUUAAUGUGUUUGGUGUUCAUGUAAGUUUUAAUUACUGGGAGGUUUGAGUAGCUGAGGGUUUGAGUAAUCGGGAUUCUACUGCAUUUGGUAGCUUUUCUUUUGCUCAGAAAUAUUUUAAGGCCAAGUUUAACAAUGUGGAUCUUCUUAUGAAGUAUUUCCUUUCCAUUCAAAUCCAUUUUUCCAUCUUGAAAUUUUUAUUCUGUAUUUCUGUAGAGUGCAUGAAAUUCAGAAAGUUAGUGAUCACUGGCAUGCUUGUUGAUAAUGUGUUUUUGUUUUUUUGUUUUUUUUGAGGAAGAAAAAGAACUUGUUGAAUUUCUUUGUUUAUUAUAAUGAUUAAUUACUUUCUCCUUCCCUCCUUGCCCCCCAACACCCCAAUAAAAGAAUGCUACUUCUGUGGAUAUUGCUUUGAUAAUUAAAAAUUUCACAGCUGGAAAGACUGAUUUUACCAUGAAAGUCAAACAGGAUAUUUCACCAGCUUGAAAUUUCUUCAUUCUUGAUUGUUUUGCGGCUAAUAAUGAGUCGUUUAGACAUACAGCAACAUCAAAUGGAUUACACCAGUGUUUGAUGUUCCGUACAUGUUGCUAUAUGAACUUGUAAACAUAUUUUUGUCCUUUUCUCCCCAAGGUGAACAAAACCGCGAUUCCUCUAGGGGUCCCCACAAGACUGAAGUUAGCCACCCUCGGAUGGGACAUGAGGUUUUACCAGGUGUAUAUUCAUCAGUGCCUCGAGGUAAGGACUUUUAAGCAGUAAACAAGCUUGUGAGUACAUGUAUUUUUUUUUAUCCUAGAGGAUAGCGAUAUAUGAUUCAUUAUUUUACCUUAAGAGAGAAUAUCUAAUUAGAAUUGAAUCAAACUACAUUGUGUGUUACACAGAUGAAAGAGCUUUUUAUUUUAACUGCUUUGGGUUUGAGGAUUGAUUUGUAAACUCUGGCCAUUUGCCCACAAGGAUGAUGAAGUGUUCUAGAAGGCAAAUUGCAAUCGUUUUUGAUUUCUUAAACUUUCUUGUUGAGGAGUAAGCUAUUUGAAUAAUAAGACUUGCACUUUUUAGCCUUGUUUAUUUUAAUUUAAAGCCCUACCACCUGUCUUUGAAUCGUAUCUGCAUUUCUGUCUGUAUUUCUUUUGUAACCUCAACCUUGACAAGGCCAGACUCUUUAGCUGCAACAUGUGGCACAUCUUUUACAAGCAAUCUCUGUGCUUUUGACAAAAAACCAGGGUAGGCAACAGUUGAUUUCACAUUGCAGAUCCUACAAAGUGUAACUUAAUGAAUUAUUUGUACAGGAGACAAAAUGGUUUUUCAGGCACUUCUUGGUGAAAACUCAAAGCGGUUCACAGGCUUUUCAAAAUGAAGCAAUUUGGCAAAGCUUUGAAGAGCUCAGUCAUUUUAGUGUUGUACCAUUCAUAAUUUACAUUCCUCUUGUGGGAAUUUCAGUUGCCAAGCGCAAUGACAAAAGGAUGGAAUCGUAGAAAUCUUCAAACACAUUCAUACCUUAUGCCUUUCAUUGUUGCUGAAUAAUUUAUAAGAUCUCUGAGUUGUGGUUGGUUUUCUUCAUGGUCUUAAGAGGUGAUUUUUAACAGGUACAAGUUUGGUUUUCCUUCACAAUUUACACAUUGUUAGACAGGAAAAUGUAUCUGCAUUUGUGAAAUUUUACUUAAGCAUGACUAAAAUUCACAGUAUUUAUUCAUGUUUGGCAGGGGGUUAUUUAUAAUUGCACAAGGUUUUCACAAAGAAAGGCUAUCAGCCACCAAAUAUUUUGUUGUAGCCAUCAUUGCUUUUUUCUUUUAAGUUUGUAUUUUAUUCACUGAAGGUAAAUUUAAGUUUAUUUGAAUAAAACUUUUCAGUGGCAUAAAGAAAUUUUGCCUUAGAACCUCAGAGCUUACUCCUUUCCUGUUUAACAGAUUAAACCUAAACAUAAUUUUAUUCACUCACUGUCUAGUAUUUCACGAAGAAUAUUGCACUUAAAGAUAGUUUGAUAGAAAAAUCCUCAACUUGAAAUGUAGUUGAGUGUAUUUCUGUGAAGAAAUAUGAUGAUAUCUUUUCACUGGCAAUCAAUUUGUCUGAUCAGAAGCAAUUCAUGUUAAUGCCUAAACAGCUAUCUGCCAGGAGUUAAUUCAGAUUAGGAGGUUCUGUUUAUUUAAUAUGUUAUUGAAAUGGUGAAUGCUUGGUGAUUGUAGAUCUAACACAUCACAUUUCAGCCUGAAGUCAUAAUUCUCUCGAAAAUCAGCUGUGGUCUUCAGAUCUUGUUAUAACCAUUCCCACUGCAAUCGUGACUCAACAGCAUAUUCUCUUUUUAUAUUUAUUCAUGACAAAUCAUGUUUCUUUUGUUUUAUUUUUUAAAAAUAAAAGAAGAAAGGUAAUAAUCUGCAUGGAUACUCCUAAUUUCAGAAUCAUUUUGAUUUUUGCUGUAAGUUUUUUCUCAAUAAUAAUUUUUGAUGGUUCCUGCUUGCAAGAAAACGAUUAAACCUAGCUUUGUUACACCAAUGUUGUAGACUUUGUCAACAGGAAAUAAUACUGUUGUUUUUAUUGUAGGUGAUAUUCUAUAUGCAAUUUGUGCAUGUUUUGGAUAAAAUUUUAUUGUGUCAUUCACAUAUGAAUUCUUACAUUUCAUCAUUUUUACAAUGUUGUUUUGUAAAAAGGAAACUAAUUCAUUAAACUACCUAUUUGGAUUAAAACUGAAGCCAUAGGGCAUUUCAUUCACACAACUAAAUUUAAGGGCUGGCUACUUUGAAUACAUGUUUUUUAAUAUCAAAUGUGAGUGAAAGAAAUGACUGAUUUAUUAUGCUAUGAGAUGAAGGAGAGGAUGUAAUUUGUUGAAUUCUUGGCAGAACUGAUGCCGCUUAAAGCUGUUUUCCGUUGAUUUAGAUACAUCAGAAAAUCAUGUAAAAUUUUAUCACAAAUGAACUUAUUAAUAUCAAGUGAAGUUUUUACAGAGACUAUUACAUAAUUAUCAGUUAAACAAGACACCUGUAAAGAAAUUUAUAUUAAAACUUUUUGAGUUCUACUUUUUCAAACAUCCCACUCUUUUGUUUAAAGCAUGAACAUUAUUAAAAAGGAUCUUUAAAAUGUAGCUUGAGAACAAAGAGGGACUACACAAGAUCAAACUGUAAUUACUACUACCCCAUGGCCACAUAAUCACCUCCAGCUACAGUAUUAUCUCAAUAUUGUAUCCUAAAGAUUAGCUUUGUGUUUGGCUGUACAUAUCAGUUACCUUUAGUUUUUCUUUGACUUUUAUAUGGUAAGACCCUGAUUCAACGGAAUGCCAAUGGUCUGAAUAAACUUUUGUUAUUUUAGGAUUAAUUUCCAUAUGAUUUGCUAUAACUGAGGUGAAGAAUGCAUGUCAUUUAUUGUACCGCAGUUAUAGCUGUUUCUUAUAAUUUUGUUUCCUUGUUUAGGCCAUUCUGAAGUACCUAUGCUGUCAGAACGCUAUCCACCAGAGCCCCCUCAUGGUGCUGUGGCUUUCUACCCAGCUUAUGGUGCUAAACCAGACUUGCCAAUUUAUGUGCCUCGUGGUGCCCACCCACCUGGGCCCCCUCCUCUCCUGGCCUCCAAGAGAGAUGGCCCAGAGACCCAUAUGUUACCAGCAUUCUACCCAAGUCCUUACCCACCCCCGGUAAGCUUGUAACCAAUGAUUAUUGGUAAGGUAAUAUGACAGUUUGGUGGAAAAAAAUAAAUAUUAAAAUAAAAGAUGAAAAGAUAACCUCUUAGUGAUGUAAUUUUUAAUGCUUUUCCCUCCAUGAAUGCUAACACAUCCCAGAAUAAAUCUUUAUUUUGUGAAACACAAGGACAUAUUUUUGUAUCUACAAUGACUUUUAUGCUGUAGUGUUUUGACAUAGUAACUUUGUUUCGUGACAGUGACGAUAAACUGUUAUUGAUUUUUACAGUUUGAUCCUCUUUGUUUUUGUAGCCAUUACUAGGCAGGAUACCAAUAAUUUCCCCAAUGUUUCCUUUUUAUACCUAAAACAAAAAAGGAAAAUAGUAUAGUGAGCUGUAACCUAAGAGAGUAGAAGAAGUGACCUAGUAAGACAGUUUUUCUCCAAAGGGAGUUUAAAAUGUGCAAGGGAGAGGAUCCAGAAAAACUCAGAAAUAGCUGAGAGCUGGGAGACAGCUUGAUAUAUAGAUGCUACAUGUAUAAUUUUAUCCACUGGUUAAAGAACUCUGACAACAUCUGUUCUACAAAACAGCUCUAAAUUUCAGCACAAUUUAUAAAAAGGGACAAGGGAACGGGGUUAGCCCCCUUUGCCUCCUUUCUAAGUCAAUCAAGGAUGCAGUGUUUGUAUACAGUAUGGCUGGCAUGGUUCGUACGAUCUUGAAAAGGUCUGGAAUUUUACUAGUCGUCUUGAAAAGUCCUUGAAUUUGGUUAAGGUCCUUGAAAAGUACUUGAUUUCUUUAUCAGGUCUUGAAAAGUCCUUGAAAUUCACUACCUUGUCUAAAAAUAUUUUUGUGUAUGGACAAUAUCUUACUUCUGUUUCUUUAUUUGAAAAAUAUAAAAUAAUGUGAUCAACCAUGGCUGAAGAAGUAAAAAUCGUAAAUGACUCCAUGGUGUGUUUUAGCCACUAAAGUGUUCAAGAGGGGGUUAAGAAUGCCCAUUUUUUGAAUAAAUUUUAGUCCUUGAAAACCGUAAUUUGUUCUUGAAAAAUCCUUGAAAAGUCUGUGAAAUUUGUGUGUCUGAAGUUGCAUAAACCAUGGGCUGGGGGGAAGAAAAAGGGUGCUUACCACUGUCAGAACUGGCCAGCCAAACCAGCCGAGUCUUAACAAGAAUUCCACUUUUAAUCAGGACUAUCCAUCCAGAUCAGCCUUGUCCUAAAUGUUGUGCUUGGUAGCAUUAUUGGUUUUCAGGAAAAAUUCAAGACUGAUAUCUCAUUUUCAAAAUGACCAGUCUAACCUGUUUGUUCUUGCUUUUAGAGAGUGCCCUUAGUGUCUGCUUAUGGGAGAUAUUUGUUAGCCAAGGUUUGACCGAGGCUACAUUUACACACCCCUGGACAAAUUUUCGACUGGCUGAAAAAUUUGACUUGACAUCUUGCUCACAGGACUGUGCAACAUUUUCACUCUGUUUACACAGAACAGCAUUAAGGUGGUUCUGUGUGAAAAGAACACUUAAACACAGGAAUUUUCAACCGGUUGAAAAUUCGUCCAGAGUCGUGUCAACAUAGCAUGAGUGUAUACCCUUGUAAAAGGCUGUAAUUAGUUUUGUUACUUUGUUAUUUACUUAUUUAGUUUUUCUAUGGCUAUAUAUUAAUGUUGUUAUUUUGUCAUCAAUUAAAAAAAUACCCUAGACUCAAUUUUUUUAAACUCCUCUAUACCUUAUACCAUUUCUUGUAUAAUAAUUAUUUUCUGUCUUUCUGCUUUAAGAUGCUGGAUCCUCAUGAUAUACGUUUUAGCACAUGGAGACAGCAGCGGGCAGCUGAACACUUAAGACAGCAGCAUGAGCGUCAUUCACUGCUACCUGAUGGCACCAUAUUAGUGGAGCCGUAUGACAUCCCUGUCGCACAUGUUGGAGAUGCUGCACGGCAUUUGCCUCCUGCAAGCGUUGAAUCAUUUGUUAGAAAGAAUUCUCCUCAUCUGAGGCCAAGUGAUAAUUCAGAGCCGCGAGAAGCCAAGAAACAGGUGUGGAUGUGAUAGCCUUUUGAUUUUGAUAAUGUUCAGGGAAAAACCAAUCCUUGUGUUUUUUUGCCUGUGUACUUGUACCUCAGUGCUGUAAAUAACAAUAAUUUGCUGUUACACGCUGGAUCUUGUGUUACUUGAAUAUUUUCCAUAAAUAACUGACUUAAGGUAUAGUCAAAUGGAUUGCAAAAUUGUGUAACUUGUUUUCCAGUAUUGCUGCCAACAAGUUGAAUAGCGAUGUUGCGCAUUUUCCCGCUUACAAAUCAAAUGUCUCUUGCAACAAAUCAGGUUGUUGCGGGUUAUGAAACGUUUUUGCAGAAAUUAGAGAGUAGUUUUACUGUUUGCAACAAAAUUGGUACAUGUUGUGCAUUUUACUGGCCCAAGCCAAACUUGUUUUGCAGCAAAUGACGUAACCCCUGGGUAUGGCAAACUCCUGCAUGUAAUUUUUAUAAAUUAUCCAAUCAGAAGUCAGUAUUCACACAACUUGCAGCAAUAUGAUUUGUUGCAAGACAGCUUUGAACAUGGGUGGUAAAACAUGCAACAUUGCUCUUCAUCUUGUUUUUUGUCGAAAGAUUUUUUUGUUUUCAUUGCAUGGUCCCUGAUUCCCUUUUCUACGGCAAAUGCUCAGUGGGGUUUAUGGAUUAAAUGUUUGUAUCACUUGAAUUUUCACACCAGGGUGAAAUGACUAUUCUGUCAUUUAUUGCUCUGUGGCUUUGCAGUGUAAUUUGUGGUUAGCUGUUCGAUGUAAAAACUGAAAAUUUUCCCUUUUUUCAUUUCAUAAAUAUCUAGGAGGCAACUGAUUCUUCUAAGAAAGAUAACGAAGUAGAAGGAACUUCUGGGGAACCAAAAAGAAGUUCUGCAGAGGGAUCACUUCAGCAGGGAAUGUACCAUGAACACAAACCUGGAUCGUGCCCUGUUCAUGGGCAUGGAGCACCCACAGGGGCUCCAACAUCAAGCUCAUCGGAGCCCCCAAGGAGCCACAGUCUUCACGUCCGAGGUGAUCCGGCCCUAGCUACUAAAAUGACAAGACCUGGCGAAUACAAAGGAAUGUUCCUCCCUGCUCAUGAAGUACCCAUGCUUCACCCAUAUUUAGUCCGCUCCCCUAGGGAUGCUCCAUACCCUCUCCACCCUAUGGAUGGGAGACACGCAGAUUUUAUGCGAGAACGUGAGAGACAGGUAGGUGUAAAGCAUGCCCCUUCAACAGAUAAUUAUAAUUAACUCCCAAGAGUGACCAUCGUCAAUUUUCUCUCAACAAUGUCAAUGCAUAACGAAGAGAAAAGGUUAUGAGAGUUAAUAUAAUGAUCACCAAAGUAAAAUACAGUCGACUCCCGGUAACUUGAACCCUCUAUAACUCGAACCUACCAUUAACUCGAAGCAAUUUUCAUUUCCCUUCCAAACAUUUUCUGAUAACUCGAACUUUUUUCUGUUUCCCUUGAAGGUUCGAAUUAUCACGAGUUGACUGUAGAUCUUUUGUCAAGAUCUCUCACCUUAUUCGUUAAGGCAAUGUAUGGCGACAAAUGUGUGGAGAAUUUGUAUCUGGAUAUUUGGGCUUAAAGUUUUAAGGACACUUAGCUUAAGUUCACACAAAUUUUCACCUGGCUGAAAUAUUUGACCAGACACUUUUUUUGCUCUGUUUACAUGUAAAUGAUGAACCAGGUUGAAUUUUGACUAUUCUCUUUACUUUUCUCAACCUUUCUCAGUCAUUUUACCAUCUGCCCAUGAGCAGACUGAUACUCUAGCAAAUCCAAAAUUGUUUCAACCAGCUGAAUAACCAUGCAUUCAUGCAACCACACCCUUGCCUUACAAAAUUUAGACAAUCAUGGUGUUUUGGUCAAGUUUUUGACUGUACCAGCUAAAAAUUUGACCUCGAUUUUGGCAUUCAAAUUUUUUAGUAGUUACGCAUCUAAAUUUUCUCAUGGUUAGGGUGGUUCCUUGUGAAAUUUUUUGAAAUUUCAUCCUGUGUCAUGUGAACAUUAUAUUAUUUGAGGUUUGUUUAUUUAGUUAUCCCUUUCACUCCUGUUCCUCUUUAUGUUAAGAUUAUUUAUCACUCUAACUGAUGAAUCUCUUGACAAAAUCCCAUGGUGUUGCCAUUCAGAUAAAAGCUCUUUGGUAGAACUUUUAGAUAGUCCUCUUUUUUUCCCCUGAUUUUACAAAACGAAAUGUGAAUUCAAUGGUCACUAUUAGAAGCGAAAGAGCUAUUUUGAUCAAUACAGUCAAACCUCCCUGUUUGACCCCCUGUCAUAAGUGACCACCUCAUACAUCUGUAAACUUUCACCGAUGGUAUCCAAAAUACCAUUUUAAAGUGCUAAUGGAGUGGUUAACUUUAUUUUGAGAUCAGGUCUGCUCUACCAGUGCCUGGUAGCCUUUGGUACACUAGAUAAUCAUAGGUUUUUUUUCAUGGAAAUCAUUCGCUGGGCAUGCUGGAUUUCACAGGCUCAGACCACCGCGCUCUCUUCAAUUUUUCUUAGAGCACAGCCUUGAAGAUAGAAAAUCUUUAAAGAGAAGGAGACCUGUGUAGACUGAAAAAAGAUAAUGGUACCUUAUCUGAAAGCACCCAAUAUUAUGAGCCUGAACAUAGCUUUUCCUUUUUCUCCUUCAGGAGUUAUUACUACAUGAACGGCUGAUGUUUGAACAGAAAGAGGGCCUUCGUGUGGCCCCAGGGGAAGACUGGUCUCGGCACCAUGUUCAGCACGACAAACCACCAGGACUAGGAGUGUUGCACUAUCCACAGUCACUUCAUCAGCAUCGCCUGGAAACAAGCAAAGUAUGAUACCUGAUUCAUUUCACAGAUGCAUUACUCUUAUAAGGCAACAAAAUGUUAAACCAAACAAGGUGCUCUGUUUUAGCUUUAAGAAUGUUGACUGAAAACCUAGACAUGAUGGUAACAAUGGUGCCAUACUGCCAUCAAUGGCAGCUUUGAUGAUGAUGAUGAUGAUGGUGAUUGUUGUGAUAUUGAUAUUGUUGUGGUAAUGAUGAUAACGAUUAAUGUGGAGAAAAAUUUUCAUUUUUCUGUUCUAUUGUUUCCUGUUAGACUUGUAGGAAAAUAUCUUUAUUAAUUUGCAUAAGUUGCCAAAAUUCAAGCCACCAAUUUGUAAAAUUGUUUAAUAAUCUAAUUUAUUAUUAUAAAGUUUUCAAUGUGCAAAAGUUAUUAUUGUCUCGUACAUUUACAUAACACCCAGGAAUGUCAUUAUCAGUGCAAUUCUACCAAUGUUAUUGUUACUGUUAUUGUUGGGGAGCAACGGAUGGCGCAGUGGUGAGAGCACUCGCCUCCCACCAAUGUGGCUCAGGUUCAGAUCCUGGUGUUGACGCCAUAUGUGGGUUGAGAUUGUUGUUGGUUCUCUCCUUUGCUCCGAGAGGUUUUUCUCCGGGUACUCCGGUUUUCCCUUCUUCUCAAAAACCAAAAUUUCCAAAUUCCAAUAAUUCAAUCAGGAAUCUGGCGGACGAAGAACCACUUUGUGGAUGUGCUACCUCCAAAUCAUCAUCAUCAUCAUCAUCAUCAUUAUUAUUAUUAUUAUUACAUUUUAGCCAGUCAUUUUGAUUGACAGUCAAUUAAUUUUAUUCUCUCGUCAGAGUCCACUCUCGAUUGAUCACCACAAAGGUGACCACAACUUAUCUCGCUUAGCAGUCAGUAGGGACUCUGAGCACCUCUAUAGAGGGUUUCCGUUUCAUCCUUUCCACCCACCACCCCCAGAUGGAAAGGGCUUUGGUGAUCGUUAUGGCAAUGAACUUGACCUACGGCACCUUCAUCCUGAAAGUUUAAGGCGGCCAGCUGGCGAACUUCCUGAACGACCAGGUAUGCGCGAACCACUUUACUUGGACAACCAUCCUUUUGCUCGUGAAGGUUUUCGUGGUGGCAUACCAAGAAUGGACAGAGGCAUUGGGGACAGAGAGUGGCAGAGAAGAGAGAGAACACCCCUUCUCAAUGGGGACUACAUUCAUGGUACAGAUAACAGUUUAUUGGUUGGGAGGGAAGAGUAGUCUCUGUAACAGUGUAUGUGCAAAAUUUCUUAACCCUUUUAAGUCCCAAGAGUGACCAACAUCAAUUUUCUCCUAAUUAAACUCAUCACAAAUAGAUGAGCUUGGGAACUGGUGCCUAAAAGGUUAGCGGGGUGCCAGAUGCCAAGCUGCAGGGGAGGUAUCCAUGGCAACCCUGGAACGCGGGAACCACCCAAAAAAGCGCCCGCUAACCGGCACCGUCACACUGAAACAAUCAGUGGAAAUAACUUACCUGAAAAUACUUACCCUGAUGACCCAAUGCAAAAGAGGGAGGGAGGAGAGGGUGCAAGAAUCCGCAAUGAUUCGCACUAGCAAAGCGUUUGAUCUGCAAAGAUCAGCUGAUAACACUGCACGUGUAAAGCAAUGAACCUUGAAACCCUGUGAAACCUCUCGAGGCCACCCCAAAGGUCACGUGCCGCAGAUGGGGGAGACCGCUGGCUGCAUUUGCUCACAUUUUAACUUUGCCUAAAUGAUAUUUAGCCACAUUAAAAUCAAUACAUAAUCCAUGGAAAAGGUAAUGAGAAUUGAUAAAAUGAUCAUCAAAGGCUAAAUGCUUUGAUCUUUUAUCAAAUUCUCUAAACCAAUUCUUUAGGAAAAUGUAUGGAGAUCAGUCUGGAGAAUUUGUUUGUGGAUGUUGAGGCUUGAGGGUUAAAAGGGUACCUCUUCAAGGAGAGAUGAAAGGAAGAGAUUUGAAUGUAGGGGCAUAGUGCCCAUGCCUGAUAUUGAGACAUGGCAAUGGCAGAUGCUACUUCAUUUAACUAGUCUGACGUUCUUAGUAGCUGUUCCCAAAUGUAGCCAUUUGUUUUUUAGAAGAAGUUAUCAGACUCUGCUUGCCCACCAACAACUUGCUUUCUUUUGUUGUUGCUGUUGUUGUUUUUCUUCAUUAACUGUGGUUAAAACACUUCGUCAAUAGUAUUGACGGGUCGGUACCCUAAAAGUAGUCAGAGAGGAGGGCAGUAAUCUCCUUAGAAGGUCACCAUGGCAACCAAGCCACAACCCAUUUCCAGGCAUCUGCCGACAAACUGAUGUGUGGAAUGAAUACUUACCCAAAAAUGGGAGGGAGGGAGGGAAACAAAGCAAGUAAGGCAAAUUUAACAGGGGCUCAUGGCAAUGCCUCUGCAAACCUCCUCGGAUCUCCCAGAUCAGAUUGAUGAGAUGGCUGCAUUGACUUGAUUUUCACCUUACCUAAGUUAGAUCAAGCCUCAUUUUAUAUCAGGCAACUAAUAUGGUGCCGGCUAAAUGAGAUUUAGUUGAGUCAAAACAUAAAUUACACAUCAGCAUUAUCAAAAAAUAUAAUAAUAAUUGGGGAAUUCCUCGGUACACAUGGUAAGGUCACAUGGUGAUGUAUAUUGAUACUGGUUCUAGGUUUGGUAAAGGAGAUUUAGUGGAGUCAAAACGUGAGUUAAUUUUCAGCAUUACCCAAAAAAUAAUUGGGAAAUUCCCUGGUACAUACAUGUAUAGUGAGGUCAUAUGCUUUUGUGUGAUGUAUAUCGAUACUGGUUCUAGGUUUUCCUUGACAAAGUCUCGACUCAUUUCACUAUGUUUUGUUGUAGAUGGACAGAGGCCAAAGUCUUCAGACAGAUCAUUGUCCCCUAGCCUGGCUGCAAGAAUAAAAGUUGAAAGAAGCACCGAAGAAAUUCAAGUUAAGCCAAAAAUGAAACUAAGACAUGAUCCUGGAAAAUUGAGAUUUCUUGAAGGAUUAGGUCUUGUAACUCUGGAUAAGAAAAAAGGUAAUCAAUUAGUAAUGUAACUGUUACUUUUUUUUAAUAUGAGUUUCAACCUUCAUGUAAGGAGGUGUGAGUGUUGUAUGUUUAUUUGUCUAUUUUUGCCUGGGUAUCAGACGGUUUAAAAAUAAUUAUCUCUUUUCUCUUUUUUUUCUCUAUCUUUCAUUCCCCUUCACCAAUGUUAUAUCUGGCUCUUGUAAAAAGCUGUUAUUUGAAAGAUAUUUCUGUGCAUUGUGUGUUUCCAGAAAAUAUUCAUAUUAGUCUGAUGGAAGGUCACUGGAAAUUCUGAUAGGGUGGGAGUUGUAAAAAGCCAAAAUAUUUAAAGGAUGGAUGGAGAGGGGGUGGGGGCUAUAAAGCAGGAAACUUUCCACAGUGGACUGUAGAUAUUUUCUGGAACAACACUAUCUUGGAUAAUGGAAGCCUGAGCAAACAGUUGAGAUUUUUCAACGCCCCCACUAUUUUCCCCGCGAAAUGGUGUCUGAGGACAAAGCGCAGAAAUUCCAUACUGAUGAUGCAUCAUUAGUACUAUCCAGAUCUGGGUCGUGCUCCUGAUUGGUUGAAGCAAAUUUCCCUCAUGGCACCACCACUGAUGAUACCAUUCUUUGUCAGAACUUUUGCUUAGUACUAUUUAAUUUUAAGGACUUCAAAAAAAUUCUGAUUUUUUUUUUUGCGGGGAAUGGGGCAAGGGGAGAUUUUUUUUCAUUGGCCUCUAUUAGGAGUCAAGGGGUUAGUGCUUAAAAAUUCCUUUGGAAUAGAGUCUGGAGACUUCUGGUAGGUAAUUAAACAAAACCUUGACCUACUAUACAUUUGUUUGCAGAAAUAAGUCAAGGGGAACCAUCUUUGAAGAGAAAAUACAGUGAUCAUGAAAAUGAAAGUGAUGUGAACUCACCUAGCAAUGAGACAACUCAAGCCAAUGUGAAUGGUAAUGAUGAUGAUGACAGUGAUAGACGACGUACUCCAGAGCUGCCUGUUCCUUGCCCAGAGGUCAGUUUAAUGAAUGUUCUUUUUGCUAAUUUAAUUAAAUAUGUAAAUGAAGUAAGAAGAACAUCCCUAGAGCACUUUCAUUUACAUGGCCAACAUCUGUGCAAAUUAUCUGGAGCAAAAGAAAGUAUUUACGUAAGAAAAGAGUUUAACUCCCACAGGAUUUGUCUGGGACACGGACAUGCCUGCAGUUUCAUUGUUUUGGAACACCAAUGUGGCUGUCAUGACAUGUGAAAACAAUUUUUCCCUUGAGGGUGGGAGUCGCUGCCUGUGGUGGAUGCCACUCCUAAGGUUGUCAAGGUUAUGCAUUGCUCUCUCCUGCACCACUGGACUGCACCAGCCUUAUGGGCACCUCCCUCUUCCCCCCCCCCCCCCCCCCCCCCCCCCCCCCCCCCCUCCCUCCCACUUUUUUUUCUUCUUCCUCUUUUAUUGCUAUAACUUAAAAAAACGUUUUGUUUUAUUAAUGAAAUAUCAAAUAUUAAUUUUUAAUAUUAAACAAAUUACUUUUAUCAAAGUAUUAUUGUGUUCAGUGUACACCAGUGUGGGCUGCGUGUGUUUGUAAAACAAAUUUUCCCGUUGGGGUGGGAGUCUGCGGCUGUGGUGGAAUCCACCCCUAAGGUUGUCCAGGUUGUUGAUUUCCCUCCCCUGCACCCCUAGGCUGCACCCCCCCUAUGGGCCCCCCCCCCCCCCCCCCCCCCCCCCACCCCCAUACUCAUCUCUGUUGAUGAGUUAGAUGUUUUUGUCUCCCCUAAAAGUUGAAGGGUCAAAUUCAUAACCGUGUAACUUUAUAUAAUGAACUAAAGGAGUUAUUUCUAAUACACAGAAGCUAGAUUUCAUGGCAAAGCUUGGAUUGCUGCCGCCACACAAAAGACAAGGUCAGUUUACCACUUGACAUGAUUUUAUCGUGAUUAUUUUCAGCCAUGCGGCUGCAUUCUGUUUUGAUCUCACAAAUCUGAAUGUUUCAUCUUUUAGAGCUGGAACAGACUUAUGAGAUAAAACGAACUGAAAGAAAGAAUCGUAAAAGCAGAGGCCGCCCUCCAAAGAGAGCACGGAGAGAUAAAGAGGUACUGCAUUUAUAUAAUAUAGAAAAAGAUUUAGGAUUUUACUAAUAAAGUGAGCACCACAUAGCCCAAAGAUGACAUGAUACUUAUUCCUUUCUUUGAGUUCAAGAGCAGCUCUGUUAAAAAUUUGGAGGCCUGAUUGGCACAUAAUCCUUUAUAUGGACCCAAGUAAUGCCUGUGGAAAUUGUGAAAAAAUAAAAAUGCAAAAGAUGUUGAGAUUUGAAACCUGGAAUGGCUGCAUUACAGGCUCAAGUAAAUUAUAACCAUUGCCCCACCCCUUCCAAGUGCUUAGAAACAACAUGUUAUGAAAAAUAUUGCCACAUUACAACCGCAGGGGACUUAGGAUGCUGUUAUAAUAAUAAAUUAUUUGGAUAAAAAGGAGGACUUUGGGGAUUAAAGUGUUUAGUGGUGGCUGAGAGUAGUUUUAAUGCCAGAUGUCUAGUAAGAAGGCUGAUUUUACUAUGCCUGUUUUGUUUUAGAAUGACAGGGAUUCUGACAACAGCCAAGGCUCGCUGGACCCUGACACAAUAACAGGACCAAUAACACGACAAAAACAGCAACUUCUACAAGAGCAAGAAAAGAAAGAAAAUAGAAACAAGGAUGCAGAGAAACAACAUUCAGUUACUAUAAAAACAGAGGAUGGAGAAAAAAGGACUACUCCGUAUGCUUUUGAUAACAGGAACUAUCGCCGUGGCAGUGAUGAAAGAUUCCAACAAAGCCCUAGUAAUACUAAUCAUCUUCCCCCUCGACUAACACUUCAGUCUCUAACUAACAUGGAAGAUCCCUUUAGCAAUGUUAGCGCUUCUCAAUUCCGACCACCUUAUCUUCGACACACGGGGCUCUUGUCAAUUUCACAUGAACAUGGUGGUGUAGCACCUCAUUUAAGACAAGAUCAUAGAACUGUGACUCAACCAAUUCGACCUGAGCCCUUAAGAAGUACAGGGAUUUCUCUUAGUGAAAAAGAGACAAGGGACUACCUAUCACAACAGUCUCCAGGUUUACAGGGUCGUCCAUUCACAGCAUUGUCUUUGAUGGAUCAACAAACCACAAGUAGAAAUAAACAAGCUGUUCCUCUGAGCAAGGUGAGGUUUACUCUGUUUUAAUUUUAUCUUAAAUCAAAAUUCAUCAGUUGUCCUCCACUCACUUUAUUUACCAUACUGUACCCUGCUGUUACUACCCUUGUAUGCUGCCACUACUGUUAAACUACUGUUGACAAUUCUCUCUGUAAGCGUCAACUGACAACUACAGCGGAACCUCGAUAUACAUGUAGUGAACCUCUUUAUAAGGAAGUUCUCAGAAUAAUGAACAAUUUUCUUUACCCCAGGGAAAAAGAACAUCCAUAUAACAUAACCUUGUUAUAGUGAACAUAUUUAGCAACUCUUACCGGGUCAAACAGCACUUCGCUGAACAGCUCACGGUCGAAAUUCGUGCUAAUAAAGUGUUGGCUUUUUUUAAUUUCUUUGAUUUCUUGCUUAUAUAAUUUAUAGUGCCGUAUCAUCAGAUCAGUGAGUAGGUCAGACUGUUGUCGAAAGCGGCGAUCUAUUAGAUCUUCAAGGCAUUUGCGCCAUUUAGUCGGAGAUGCCAUAGCGCUUUCACCUUCGGUUUCCUCGGUUUUCUGAAUUAAGACUUUGUCUUGCUCAGUAGAAGAGUCAUUUAGUUUUUGGUGUGGGGUCUAGACUUUAUUCUUUGCUUUUUGAGGCAUGGCCCUCCCGAGUCUCAAGACCGGUUCACUCUAACCCUUGUAUGUGAUAUCAAAAUAAUGGUUUUAAAGCAACAAAUAAGUGCGCCCAGAAGUGACCAAAAUCAAUUUUCUCUUAACAAUUUCAAGAUAUCAUCAUGGUAAAAGAUUAUGAGAACAGAUAAAAUGAUCACCUUGGGAAAAUUCUCUGAUCUUUUAUCAAAAUUAAUUCUCUCAACUAAUUCUUUAAGAACAUGUAUGGAGAUCAGUAUGGAGAAUUUGUAUGUACAUGUAGAUAAUGAGAACAUGGGGCAACUAGCUAGGGCAAAAAC